AUGGCGAGAGGACGUGGCAAAGGUAAAGGUAAAGGACAACAGGAAGCACAAGCGGGACGUGGACGAGGCCGACCAAGGAAGGUAUCCCUAGCUACGUUUGUGAACUCUGUGGGUACGACGGAACCGAGUACACCGGAAAACUUGGGAAAUGAGCAGGCAGCAGCACCGCAAGUCUCAGACCAACAUAGCAUCUCUGAGGUGGGGUCAACCUCGAGAACUACGAUGGCAAGUCGCCAACUAGAACUGAGUGCAGCUAUGGCCACACCCAAGGAGAUUCAGGGAAAUCUGACGCCAAAAGUGCAAAACCAUAUACCAAUUCCGGUGAAUACUGCGGCGAAUGUGGAAGAAUUGGAAACGACUAAUGAGAAUCCUCUAGAGGAACCAUGGGUGAACUUGUUCAAGAAGAACAGAUCGGCUGAGAAUGGGUUAACCCUAAACUACAUCCCACCUCAAAUUAUAGACGGGAAAAUCGUGGUUCAAUUGGAAAAGGAGGAAGUCAACAGAGAAACAGCAAAAUGGAAGUGUGCCCUAAUCAUCUAUUCGCUAGGCGAGUGUCCUGGUUACAAUAACAUGUGUAGAUUUGUCGCUCAAACCUGGAAUACAGUUGCUGAUCCUGAGAUAUACCUCCAUGAGGAUGGAUAUUUUAUUGUUAAAUUCCAGAGUAUUGAGGAUCUACACGAAAUUUUAUAUGCUGGACCGUAUACUAUAAACUAUAGGCCAUUAAUCCUCAAACCAUGGACACCAGAUUUCGAAUUCACCAAGGAAUUCCCCACUGAAAUUCCUUUGUGGGUCAAAUUCCCACAGUUGCCCAUGAACUUUUGGGGUGUUAAUUCCCUCAGUAGACUUGCUACCUCCAUAGGCACCCCUAUGUUUGUUGAUGAAUGUACAGCAAAGGAUACUAGAGUCUCCUUUGCUAGGAUGCUCAUUGAAGUCAACAUUACUAAACCUUUGCCUGAUAAAAUUCCAGUGGUGGAACCCAGUGGGAGAAUUUUUUCUCAGGCUGUUACUUAUGAAUGGAGACCCAUGUUCUGCGAAAAAUGCCAAACUAUUGGUCAUAAGUGUGCACAUAAACCUGCAGUGAAACCACACCCUAAACUAAAGAGAAGGGGUGGAUACAAAAAACAAGCUCAAGUUUGGAUUUCUAAGGGUCCUAUCCAGCAUAUUACCACCCAGCCUCAAAAAGAAGACCACCAGGUAAUCUAUGAAGUGGGCAGCCAACCUCAACAAACUGAGCUAGUAAAACAUGUAACGCCUGACAAGGAUGGUAAUGGUAAGCAAGGGAUAAAUUUUGGGACUCUACAGUGUCAGAUCAGUCCUAAGACAUAUGAAGUGGUUCGGGGAAACAAUGGCAAAGCUCGUAUGAAUGAUAAUGCUGCAUCCAACUGUAACCUUGAGCUGAAUGGGACAGAAUUUCCAGCUUUGACUUCAGCUGCUAGGAAACAGAAGCAUACUAAUGCCAUGAGUGUAAGUGGCUCUACAACAGUUAUUCCUCCUGAUAAGGGAGAAACUAGGGUGAAGCAACAUAAGGCAAAUAGUAUCCUACAAAGUAUAGCUCAUGGGUGGGGGCACUUAUAUAAUUAUACUUCUGCUAGCAAUGGAAGGAUUUGGGUAAUUUGGGAUACUAACCAGUUCACAGUUGCAACAUUAAGAGAGGAAGAACAGCUGAUUCAUUGCCAAGUACAGAAUAGUACCAAUAUUGAUUGUCAUUUAACUGUCAUCUACGGGCUUAAUACCAUUGACCAGAGGAAAACAUUAUGGGGACAACUUAAAGACAUAGCUCAAGGUAUUAAUACACCAUGGAUUAUAUGUGGGGAUUUCAAUGCUUUAUUGUACCCCCAGGACAGAUUGAGUAAUAUUCCUGUCCAAUUUGCUGACACUAGAGACUUUGCUGAUUGUUUGCAAGACAUCCACCUAAAUGAGUUGCCCUGGAAAGGAGACUACUAUACUUGGACUAACAAGCAAUAUGGAAGUGACAGAGUUUGUAGCAGAUUAGACAGAGCUUUGGGCAACUAUGAAUGGAUGAUGACUUGGGGACAAGUGACCUUAGAGUAUGAACUGCCUGGAAUCUCAGAUCACACACCUAUGUUGCUGACAUUAACUACUCUUCAAAGGAAUAUUAAGAAUCAGGAAAAGAGUACUAUACAUGACCUGGAAAAGUGGUCUCAAGUGGAAGAAAGUGCCCUUAGGCAGAAGUCUAGGGCACAGUGGAUUAAACUGGGGGACACUAAUUCUAAAUACUUCUCAGCUGUCCUGAAAGAAAGGAACCAAAGGAAGCAAAUAUCUACACUUACCUCCUUGAAGGGACACACCUUGACUGAACCUACAGAGAUUAAGGAAGAGGUGAUAAGUUUCUACAAGAGUUUGACGGGGUCAUCUAAUCCAAAUGUGCCAGCAGUUAGCAAAAAUGAAGAUGAAAUUACAACAAGUCUGAAGGCCAUUGGAGAUGACAAAGCUCCAGGAAUUGACGGUUACAAUGCAGUUUUCUUCAAAAAAUCCUGGAACACUGUGAAACAAGAUGUUAUAGAGGCUGUUCUAGAUUUCUUCAGCAAGGCUGGGUUUAUACCAGGCAGAAAACUGGGGGACAAUAUUGUACUAGCUCAUGAGUUAGUUCAAGGAUACAAUAGAAAACAUGUGUCUCCAAGUUACAGUAUCAUCAUUAAUGGAGAACCCACUGUACCAUUUGAAGCAGCUAGAGGGCUAAGGCAAGGUAACCCGAUGUCACCUUUCCUUUUUGCUAUUGGUAUGGAAUACCUUAGCAGGAUGCUCAAUGGCCUCAUAGAUAUUAAGGAGUUCCAGUUCCACCCUAAGUGUGCAAAGUUGGGAUUGAGUCACUUGUGUUUUGCAGACGACCUGCUACUGUUCACUAGAGGAGACCUGCCAUCUGUCUCUGUAAUGCAUAAAUACUUUACUAUCUUCUCCCAAGCUUCUGGGUUACAGGAAAAUUUGGGGAAAAGUUCAGUUUACUUUGGUGGAGUAAAACAGGCAGACCGGGAAAGCAUACUUAGUCGUUUGGGCUACUCUCAUGGCACACUUCCCUUCAAAUACUUAGGUGUGCCUCUCUCUACACAAAAAAUUUCCCUUAUACAAUGGCAACCUCUUUUGUCAAGGAUAACAGCCAGGAUCUCAUCCUGGACAGCUAGGAAAUUGUCAUAUGCUGGGAGAAUACAGCUUAUUAAAUCAGUUCUUUUUGGUAUUCAAGCCUUUUGGGCCCAGCUGUUCAUAUUUCCUGCUAAGGUCUUGAAGUUGCUAGAAGCUCACUAUAGGAGUUACUUAUGGUCUGGGUCUGGUACUAUCACUAAAAAAGCGCUUGUCGCAUGGGAGAGAGUCUGCAUGCCUAAGAGUGUAGGUGGCUUGAAUAUUACUAACCUGUACUUGUGGAAUAGAGCAACAAUAGCUAAACAAUGGUGGGAUAUUGAGCACAAACAAGAUAAGUAG